GAGUAUCUUGUACCCGCACAAUCUUUUUAGCUUCAUCGCGUAGCUGCUAGCACAGGUUGGCGUACUAGUUAAUUUUGUGAGGUGUUUUUUCCGCACGUUGUAAUGCGCUUGAGACUACUAGUAGCACAUGCACACACUUUACUCCGGUUUAUGUUAAAAACGACAUAAUGUGAUGAUACAAGGCUAAGGCCCUCUCUCUGCUAUUUUCUGCGUGAGCACUCGCCUUUCCCUUUUCCGGACGCCAAGGGGAGUUAUCAUGCUGGGCGAUUUGCUGGGCAGCAAUGGGGCCGCGAACUGCGACGGCAGUUUGCCGCAGUCGGCCGUCGGCAACUUCGCGCAGAGCAUGACGGGCGGCCCCUUCGCCGCGGGCAACAAGGCGCAGCCCCUGUUUCCCCAGCCGGGCGGCAUGGGUCCCGUCCCCCUGCAGCCGGGCGGCGGGCUGCCGCAACCCACCCUGCAGGACCAGUUUCGCGCGCACAUGGCUACAGGCGGUGCCGGGGCACUGGGACCAGACCAGGUGCUGCCGCCGCCGGAGUUUUUCGCUCAGGACCACAGCCUCAGCAGCAGGCCGAUGAUGAAUCCCGAAAGUACUAUGGAGAGCGCGUGGGGCGCCGGCGGUGCGAUGGCCAGCAGAGGCCCCCUGCCACCGUCCGCAGCGGUGCUCCAGCAAAACAACGCCUUGCCGCAACACCUCGGCGCCGCGGGAGCUGCAGCUGCCAUGAGCUCCGCCAAUCCCAUGGCAAUGCAGGGGCCCGCCAUGGGGGGACCGAUGAUGAUGAUGCCCCCGGCGAUGAUGAUGCCCGCGAUGGCCGGCCCGAUGAUGUACAACAACGCCUACAUGGGCGGGCAGCAGCACCCCCUGCAGAAUUACCACCCGCAGUCCCGGUCAAUAACGUCAUCCAACGCGGCGCAUCAAAAGUCCUCGUCGUCCGCUUCCGGGAGCAAGCAGCAAGACCUCCGUGCCGGCGACGGCGUCACCUCGUCCGGCCAACAAGCGUCUUCGAGCAGCACCAGCACGUCGGCGAGCUCAAAACUGCUCCCCGCCGACCCAGACGCGGGGGUGGUCACAGAGAGGCUGUCGAGCACGCGGGGCGCGCUGGAGGAGGUCGGUCCGCAGGGCCCGCUAGUAGACGGGAAUCAAACCACGGAUUUCAGUGCGGCGGAGCAGAUGGUGGAAUACCUAAGGAACUCGGGUAAUCCCAAGUUCGCCACGAGUCAGUUCGUGUCCUUCAUCGACAAGGUGACUAAGGGAGACCUGAAGUUCACCAGCGAAAACACUGUCGUCGACGCCGAGGGACUGGAAAUAGAUUGGGACUCGCUGUACGACCUGGAAGCCGCGAAUCAGCACGCGGACAGCACGACUGCGAACUUGAAAAAUUCAGGCGGAGAGGUUCAGGAAAUGAUCCCAGGGAAUGUGCCAGAAAUGGCCGGAGACGGGCUGAUGCAGGCGGAUCAGUUCACGGAGGAAAUGUUCGAGGAGGCGUGGCGCGCGGCGGAGGAGGAAAUGGGCGCCAGCAUGUUCGAGUCUGCGAUGACGGCCGACGGGCCGCCAGAGUCCUUCAUGCAGUCUCUGCAGCCGCAGGACCCCGGAGCCACCAUUUGGGGCCCGGGGGUGUCGCAGAUUUCCGAGUACACCUUAUCAAAUGUAAAAGUGUCUGGGUCUGGAAGGGUUGGAACUUGUGAUGCAAACUCUGGAACACACAAAAAUUUGUGUUGCAUGAGCGCCAAAAGCUGUCCAUUUCUUGGCAUGCAAGUAGGAAGUUUCUCAUGCGGGAGAGGCAUCGUGAGGCGUGCUCAAAACCUGUGAUGCUUUUGCCUGCAUCAGACGCCAUUUGGUUUGCGUGAUCCGAAAUAUGCAUGACAAAUCUAGACGUAGACCCAGACAUUUUUGCAUUAGAUACACCUUCAUGCAGAACAACCCGUAUUUGGAGAGGUUUCCGCUGGCAGCCGACGGUAUCAAAUGUAAAAAUGUCUGGGUCUGGAAGAUUCCGGGAUUUGUGAUGCAUAUUUUGUAUGAUCGAUCCAUGAUUCAUGUAAUGCAUGAUCUAGCAUCACAGAUUUUUAGAGGGCUUCCUGAUGCCUAUUCGGCAUGACAAAUGCCCUCUCCGCGUAACACAAACUGGACCCCUGUUGCUGGUCACGCAAUACAGAUUUUUUUGGGAUCCAAAGACAGCAUGACAAGUUGCAAUUUUCCAGACCCAGACACUUUUACAAUCCAUAGACGGUCCCGCGGCGGCGGGGCAAACAGUACCUUCUCCCGAGUCGCCUAUGGAACUGGCUCUGAAACUCAUCGCGGAGGGCAAGGACCAGGAGGCCAUACAGGUGCUGGAGAUCGAGGUGCAGCGCAACGCCGACAGCAGUGAAGGCUGGUGUUUGCUCGGGCAGCUGUACGCAAACCUGGAUCAAGACAUAGAAGCCAUAAAAUGCCUCGUCAAGGGACACGAAGCUGACCCGUAUGUUUUUGAAUCUUGAUUCAAUCAUUUUCGAUCCCCUUGUUGUUUCGGUCUAGUAUACUUUGCGUCGUACCAAUGUUGAAGUCGUUUCUACUUAUGUAUAUCUACUUCAUUGCCUGUCGUGGAGAUAGACCGCACCGUGCUGCAGAUCAGACAAAAUUAAUUGCUAAACAAUCGACAACCCACAGUUACAACCUGGACUCCCUUCUCCAGCUGGGCGUUUCUUGCACGAACGAGCUGGACCAGGUUGAGGCGUUGCGCUACCUGUACAAGUGGGUGGAAUCCCACGAGGACUACGGGCACCUGGUCCACGAAAAACCGUCGAGCUCGUCCAAGCCCGACGCCGCGGACCUGUUGGACCUCAGCGAUUUCGAAAAACUCCGUGGCGAAGUGUCCAGCUUGCUCCACAGCGCCGCGGACUCGAUUUUGGCACGAGCGGGCGGAACGGCCGGGGAACAGCAAAGUGCGGAGGCGAACAAGCAGGAAGCGCAGGUGUUCGUCGCGCUUGGCGUGGUCGAGAACGUGUCGCGCAACUUCGGCCAAGCCGUCGAAGCCCUGCGGGAAGCCGUGCGGCGCUCGCCGCUCGAUUUUUCUAUUUGGAACAAGCUCGGCGCCACGCUGGCCAAUAGCGGAAACUCAGAGGCGGCGCAGCUCUGCUACCACCAGGCCCUGUCGCUGAAACCGAACUACGCGCGAACCUGGAGCAACUUGGCAAUAGCAAACUCCAACAUUGGCCACCACGAAGACGCGGCAAGGUAGACAUUUAUUGUAAAUAGCCGUAAUAUGAUUUUUGCGACGUUUUGGCUCUGCAACUUUUAUUGCCCGCAUCUGCAGUCUGGUAUCGUCGCUCCUGUUUUGAAGGAAGAAAUUAGGAAAAAAUAAAAAAAUGUUGACCCUCACUCCACACAGGUUCUACCUUUCCUCCCUGGUCUUGAACCCGAAAGCAGAGCACCUUUGGUCCUUUGUUCACACGGCAAUGAUCAACAUUAUGGCAAGCAGCAACACGACGUCCUUCACGGACGACCGGCUCUCUACGGAAUACCUGCGUGCCGCGGCAGAGCGGGACCUGGACAAGUGCCGCAAGCUGAUUCCCGACGUGCUGCAGAGCAAGGACGACCUGCCUCCCAGGUCAAGUCAGCUGGAACAGUCCGUCGAAGAGAUUCUGGCGCAGCUCCCUACCGGCGAGGCGAUCGCGAAGGCAUAGAGAUUCCGAACGUAGAAGCGCUGCUUGCGAAUUGUGUUGAACAGUCGCAACGCGGACGCUGCGUGGAAUACUUCUUGUAGUGCCGUGCUGCUUCACGGCAUAUUGUGCCGGCUGAUAUUGAUUUAUCUUGAGCGACGAAUUCUGCAACUUUUGCUUCCAGUGUGGUGUGUGACUCUCAUCUUCCAAUGUUGAAAAAGCUUGCUUACAUGAACAUGAUCACGAAA